AAAAAUAAUCAGCUACAUCGCUAUCCACCUUAUCCACUAUUUCUCCAAUCCAUUUGACAAAACUUUCUAACGCUCUUUGAUCCAAUCACAACGCGUAGAUCCAAUGGACAACAACAACAACAACAACCAGCAACCACCACUUACCUCCGUCUAUCCUCCUCCACCUCCUGGCUCCGCCGCAGCCGUAAUCCCUCCUCCUCCCUCUGGAUCUAACGCGAUAGUCGCCGGAGGAGGAGCGUCUUACCACCACCUCCUCCAGCAACAGCUGCAACAGCUCCAAAUGUUCUGGUCCUACCAGCGAGCAGAGAUCGAGCAGGUGAACGAUUUCAAAAACCAUCAGCUUCCUCUCGCUCGGAUCAAAAAGAUCAUGAAAGCCGAUGAGGAUGUCCGUAUGAUCUCCGCGGAAGCGCCGAUCCUCUUCGCCAAAGCCUGUGAGCUUUUCAUCCUCGAGCUUACGAUCAGAUCGUGGCUUCACGCCGAAGAGAAUAAGCGCCGUACGCUUCAGAAAAACGAUAUCGCUGCCGCGAUUACUAGAACCGAUAUCUUCGAUUUCCUCGUUGAUAUCGUUCCUAGGGAAGAGAUCAAGGAGGAGGAGGAAGCGGCUCUCGGAGGUAUGGUGACCCCCGCCGCGAGCGGCGUUCCUUAUUAUUACCCGCCGAUGGGUCAGCCGGCUGUUCCUGGCGGGAUGAUGAUGGGAAGGCCGGCGAUGGAUCCCACCGGCGUUUAUGCUCAGCCUCCGUCUCAGGCGUGGCAGAGCGUUUGGCAGAAUUCAGCCGCCGGCGAUGAUGUGUCUUACGGAAGCGGAGGGAGUAGCGGCCAUGGAAAUCUCGACAACCAAGGUUGAGAGCUUGGACGGAUUCAGAUGCUGCAUUGUCUUAAAAAAACAGAAGCUGAGAUUAAUCAUCAACCCUGCCUUGAUUUUUGCAAGUGUCUGAUUCUUAUGUCUGUGUCUGAUUCUCGAAACAAGAGAGACAACAACAACAACAAAAAACACUCUUUCGUUCUUCCUGUUAACUUAUAAGUUAUUGCAGCAAAACUGCAGACUUGCUUAACUAUAUAAUCUAAUGUGCAGAUUCUAAUUUAUGCUUUGUUUAUUAUAUUAAAAAAAUUGCUUCUUGGUAAUCAAUGGAACACUUAUGAGUUUUUUUCUAGGGUUUUUUAAGUAACCAAAAUGUGGAGUUUUAGAGCUUGUAAACAUAUAUUGGAUUAUAUAGUUAAGCGUGUAUGCAUAUGGAUUUGGUAUUUAUGGAGGAUUUUGUUUCAGAUGUUGGUGUAGUUUGUAUAUCAUGUGCUCAUUUUCUUACGUUUUCACCGGUGAACUACCGUUUGGCUCGUUUCUAUUACAUGGUUUCGGUUUGCUAGUGAGCUGUUGGGGUUAUAUUGUACAUUUUAUAGUUUUAGGGUAGAAGUAUGAUUCUAUUAAGAGUAGAUGCCCGUUUUUGGAAUUACAUAUUUCGGGGAAAUUGCAAACAGACAUGUAAAUUUUUGUCUAUCAGUACGAGAUAUGAACCGAAUUUAAUUUUUGUCCGUAAAAUAUACAUAAGGCCCAAAGAGGCCCAUAUCUACCUUCCUCCGUGGCAACACAAUCGGGCGGGUGGUUUCUUUUUCUGCUUGUGCCGCUUUGCAAUUUUCAUCAUCGAUCUCUCUCUCUUCCCUUCCGUCUUCUUUCUCUCGCUCUCGAUUCGUUUCUGGCUUGGAUAGGGUUUAUCAGUGGGUUUGGAUAUGGAGGCCUCAUCUUCUCGGCCAUCAGAUUCAUCUGAUCAAACUGCUUCUAAGUUCCUCUCCGACCUUCCGUCCCGCGGUUUCUUGUCUUCUACCGUCGUUUCUUCCAACCCGGGAAGCUUGCGGGUCUACGUUUGUGAACAUGACACAUCUCCCCCGGAAGGACAGCAUAUCAAAACAAACCAGCAAAAUAUUUUAAUCAGAUCCCUUUUGCUGAAGAAGCAAAAAGGCGAAUCGAGUUCGAGUUCCAAAGACGCAAAGGGAAGUGCUGAAGAUGGCCCUAAAAAGAGGGCUGCAAAUAGGUCUCUCGACGACAGAGGCUCAGCUAAAAGAGCUGCCAAUGCAUCUAGACAAGAAGGAUCAAGCAGUCGUACAGGCGGAAAAGACUUUCAGUCUUUGACUGUCGAGAAGCUCCGUGCCCUUCUCAAGGAGAAAGGCCUUCCAACGAAAGGAAGAAAGGCAAGUCCAAACAUUAUGCUUAUGUUUUAA